CUCGCCGGGCGGUCCGGCUGGCUGUCGGUAGUGGGAGGCCCCACACGUCCUGACAGGCGCGAGCCUCGGGGCCGGGCGAGGCCUGAGGGUCGGGGCCCUGGGAGGCGCCGCGGUCGCUUUCCGGGGUGCCACGACCAGGAGCCCCUGGUCCUCGGAGCGGUUGCCUGCACGGGACCAGCGGGCGGGGCGCCGAGAGCAGCCGGCCGCCCCUGACAGCACUGGGCCGGGCCUACUGCGGAGACGGCGGCUGGGACAGCUCCGGGGCUCAGGCGCGGGCCCGGGGCAGAUGGAAUUUCAAUGAAUCACUGACUGAUCAGCACCAUUUUACCAGUUGGAAUGAGUUAUCAGAAAUGGGCAUAGCGCUUUUAGAGUCAACAUGUAACAGAUGGAUGCAACUCCAAGCCGAUCACUUCAUGCCAACGCUCUUUUGACUGUAUAGGAUCUUUGUCUCUUCAUCUUUGAUUUGGAUUGCUGGCAAAUAAAAGGAGUUCAUGUAGUGUUUUGUUUAGGCUUGAGUCAACAUGAGUAGUAGUUUAGGUAAAGAAAAAGACUCUAAAGAGAAAGAUCCCAAAGUGCCAUCUGCCAAGGAAAGAGAAAAAGAGGCAAAAGCCUCUGGAGGUUUUGGGAAAGAAAGCAAAGAAAAAGAACCUAAAACCAAAGGGAAAGAUGCCAAAGAUGGAAAGAAGGAUUCCAGUGCUGCCCAACCAGGGGUGGCUUUUUCAGUUGACAAUACUAUCAAAAGGCCAAAUCCAGCACCUGGGACUAGAAAGAAAUCCAGCAAUGCUGAGGUAAUUAAGGAGCUUAACAAAUGCCGGGAAGAGAACUCAAUGCGCUUGGACUUAUCCAAGCGGUCUAUACAUAUACUGCCACCAUCGAUUAAAGAGUUGACUCAACUAACAGAACUUUAUUUAUACAGUAACAAAUUGCAGUCCCUCCCAGCAGAGGUAGGGUGUCUAGUAAAUCUCAUGACACUGGCUCUCAGUGAGAAUUCACUCACUAGUUUGCCUGACUCUCUUGAUAACUUGAAGAAACUGCGGAUGCUUGAUUUACGGCAUAAUAAACUGAGAGAAAUUCCUUCAGUGGUAUAUAGGCUAGACUCUCUGACUACUCUGUACCUUCGCUUUAAUCGUAUUACUACUGUGGAAAAGGACAUCAGAAACCUGCCGAAGCUCAGCACGCUCAGCAUCCGGGAGAACAAAAUCAAACAGCUUCCCGCUGAAAUUGGUGAAUUAUGUAACCUCAUUACCCUGGAUGUAGCUCACAAUCAACUUGAACACCUUCCAAAGGAGAUUGGAAACUGCACACAGAUAACCAACCUUGACUUGCAGCACAAUGAACUACUAGACCUCCCAGAUACAAUAGGAAACUUGUCCAGUUUAAAUCGUCUUGGCCUGAGAUACAAUAGAUUGUCAGCAAUACCCAGAUCAUUAGCAAAAUGCUGUGCACUUGAGGAGUUAAACUUAGAGAACAAUAACAUUUCUACUCUACCAGAGAGUCUUUUAUCCAGUCUUGUAAAAUUGAAUAGCUUGACGUUAGCUAGAAAUUGCUUCCAGUUAUAUCCAGUGGGAGGUCCAUCUCAGUUUUCCACCAUCUAUUCCCUCAACAUGGAACACAAUCGAAUCAACAAAAUCCCAUUUGGAAUUUUCUCCAGAGCUAAAGUGUUAAGUAAGCUGAAUAUGAAGGACAAUCAGUUGACAUCACUUCCUUUGGAUUUUGGAACUUGGACCAGUAUGGUAGAAUUGAAUUUAGCCACAAAUCAGCUCACAAAGAUCCCAGAGGACGUGUCUGGUCUUGUUUCUCUUGAGGUUCUAAUAUUAUCGAACAAUCUUCUAAAGAAGCUUCCCCAUGGUCUUGGAAACCUUAGAAAGUUACGAGAAUUAGAUCUAGAGGAGAACAAACUGGAAUCCUUGCCCAAUGAGAUUGCUUAUCUCAAGGAUUUGCAGAAAUUAGUCUUGACAAACAACCAGUUGACCACUCUUCCCAGAGGUAUCGGUCACCUCACCAACCUCACACACCUGGGCCUUGGAGAGAACCUGCUUACUCACCUUCCUGAGGAAAUUGGUACACUGGAAAACCUAGAAGAACUGUAUUUGAAUGACAACCCCAACCUUCACAGCCUCCCUUUUGAGCUGGCUCUCUGCAGCAAGCUGUCAAUCAUGAGUAUUGAGAACUGUCCACUCAGUCACCUCCCACCUCAAAUUGUUGCUGGAGGGCCUUCGUUCAUUAUUCAGUUUUUAAAGAUGCAGGGUCCAUAUCGUGCCAUGGUCUGAUACAAACUGCUGGUCCCACACACUGUUCAAACAUAGACUGCCAUUAAUGUUUCAUAUCUAUAUCUGUAUCUGUGGAUAUUGAUCUAUGGCAGAUUUAUAAAAACUGCAUUAUGUGUUUCUGCUAAUAGAGGAAUCAUAGCCAUUUAGAUUUUUUUAAUUCUGUAAAGAAAAAAAAGGCUUAUAUAAGUUUUCUUUGCUAAAUUUGAUGGAUGGUUUUCUGUUGUGUAAUCUGAUAUGCCAGUUUGUUUAAAAAUCUUCCAACAAAUUAUGAAGUCAUUAAAUUUAAGGGACAAAAUGAUAUAAUCAGAUAUGUGUUUCUCUUAGGAAAAUGUGGGCCAAAAAUUUUGUUGCAACUUUUCGUAUCCAUUUCCCCUUACAGCGUCAGAUCUUUAUAAUGGCAUGAGCCCUGAAGGUAGAAUUUUUCUUUAACUUAUUUGAAAUUUGAAAUUUAAAAUUUUUAUAUUGUUUACAGUUGGAGUGAAUCACUGGAUUAUUUUGAUUUGCUCUGUUUUAAUCAGAUAUAGAAUUUAUAUUCUGUGUUAAAAAUUUGCAUCAGUUAGUUUAAAUAUUAAAAGAUACUUUAUUGAGCAACAGCUGGCAAACAGAAAAUAUACAUUUAGAAAUCAAAAUUUCCACUACUUUUAUUUCUCUAAUGAAUUGUAAAAUAAAUAUCUGAAGUGAACCUUUGGGGUUGGGGUAUUGAGACCUUUCUUAGAAUAAGUAUUUUUACUCUGGGGAAGCAGAAAUCUGUGGUGGAAGGUUUUCUUUUCCAUUCCUGAAAAGUGCAGAUCCACAAAAAUUAAACAGAAAUUUGGCAAACAUAAACACACAUUCUAUAUAUGUAUAUACAAUGCUAUAUAGAUAUGUAUUUAUUAUAUCAUAAACCACAAUAGGUAACUUUAAAGUCUUUACCCUUUCCUUGUACAAUGAGAUGAAUGUCUCUCUCUAAAGACUGCAGUGUAUGUAUGUUUCAAGGUUAUUUAACAGUGUACUGUGGUUUUAUAUCUUGACUCGCCUUGUACAUCUUUCUGUUCUGGAGUAUCUGUGUCUAAGCACAAUAUCUUCACACUGUGCUGUAUUGCUGCUGAACUAAAUGCACUUUCCCCGUAGAUGGGGCACUGGCUUCAAACAAUUCAGUUCAGUACCAUUAUUUUCAGUUUCAUUUCUUCUUUGUUAUUAGGUGGUAUAGUACAGUUAUGGGAAAUGGCACAUUGCAUCGACACUAUUGGUAGUUCCAUGGAAGUUACGUAGGAUGUGCAUGUACUAUUUGAUAAUAUUUUCUUUUGCUUUACUGCCUUUAUGAAUAGCAAAAUUGUGAAUGUGUGUCCCUUACAUAGUACUCUUAUUUUUGGUAGUCUUGGUCUAGGUCAGUUUAAUUAUUGAGAAGACCCCACAGAGCAAGUGCAUCCUAGAUUCCAUCCUAAAACACACCUUUCAUAUAAUGAGUAACUAUUAUAUAUAAUUAAAUAUUGCUGCUUAUUUUUCUGUUUUGCCUCCCCCCAUUUUGGGGGGUCAUUUUGUUCUAAACAAGUAUUUUUUUACAAUUAAAACUGUAAUAUCAAGAUAAAAA